UCCUGCAGUAGAUAAAGCAAGGUAUAGAUCAAGAAAGGGUGAAAUUGCGACUAAUGUCUUGGGUGUUUGCUCCCAUGACAUGCAGUUCAUAUAUGUCUUACCUGGAUGGGAAGGUUCCGCUUCAGAUUCUAGAGUACUUAGAGAUGCCAUAAGUAGACCAAAUGGGUUGAGAGUGCCAACGGGUUCCUACUAUCUAGUUGAUGCGGGCUAUACUAAUGGGGAGGGCUUUUUAGCACCUUAUAGAGGACAACGUUACCACUUGUCCACUUGGAGGGAAGGGGGUGCCCCAACUAAUGCAGAGGAGUUCUUCAAUAUGAAGCACUCCGCGGCUCGUAACAUAAUAGAGAGAUGUUUUGGUCUUCUGAAGCUUAGAUGGGCAAUAUUGAGAACAUAUUCCUAUUUUCCAAUCAAGACCCAAUGUCGAAUUAUCACAGCUUGUUGUCUUCUACACAAUCUCAUCAAACGUGAGAUGCCUAUGGAUCCAUUGGAGGUAGACUUAGAUGACACAUUGCCAAAUAAUCAAGAAACAGGGGACAAGUACAUUGAUACAAUUGAGGGAUCUGACCAAUGGAGUAAUUGGAGGGACACUCUAGCUAACCAAAUGUAUAAUGAGUGGUUAGCUAAUAGGAUGUAAAAUUAAGUACUAUUUUCAUUGGAUGUAAUGUUUUUUAAUACUUAUGUUGUGUAGUGAGUUGGAGACUUGUAACUUAAUAGGAUGAUGUAGACAUGUAACUUAUUUUAUGUUUCAGUUAUUUGUUGAAGACAUAACUUAAUAGGAGUGUUUGUUUGGUUGUCUUAAUAAAAUUAUUGUUCUGUUAAAAAUGGUUGCAUGUUAGGUAUGGAUGACACAACUGCUACUAGUGGAUGUCGAAAAAAGGGUAAGGGAAAGGGAACUGCUUCCUCAUCAAGAGGUCGUAGAGUGUAGACUCCGAAAAAGUGUGAUGUGUUGAUCCGAGCCAUGAGGGAUCUGUUCAAUGAAAAAUGGAAAGCUGACAAUGGUCAGUUUAGGUGUGGAUUUUACUCUGAAUUGGAGAAGCUUAUCAUAUUGGCUUUUCCUGGAACUGAUCUUCGUGCAUCCCCUCAUAUCGAGUCAAAGAUCAAAUUUUGGAGAAGACAAUACAAUUUGCUUACUGACAUGCUUCGCUUGAGUGGCUUUGGGUGGGAUGACUCUGAGAAGAUGAUUUUGGUCGACAGUGACGAAGUUUGGCAAAACUAUGUCAAGAGGGAGCCAGAUGCCAAGGGCAUGAGAAAUGUACCUUUUAUUUACUACGAGGACUGGGUAAUUCUCUUUGGCAAGGAUAGAGCCACUGGAGUCUUGGCUGAAGGACCUGCUGACAUGGUUGAUGCCUUAGAAAAAGAGGACCAAACUACUGAGGAGUGUUACACUCCAAUUGUUGAUCUGCCUGAUUGUUCCUUAUCAGCAUCUGGGACUCCAUGCAACCAAGGUGGCUCAGGCACAACUUCUAAGAAAAGAGCUAGGGAAGCUGAAGGUAUUGCAAAGGGUCUUGUUGAUAUGGCUGUUGAGUUUGGUUCCUUCUUCAAGAAAACCAACACUACCCUGGAAGAAAUUGCUCAUAGGAUUGGGUAUGCCCAAGACUUGUCUCAAGCUAGGAAGCUGGUUAAUGGGGAACUAGCCAAGUUGCGACUGAACACGAAUGACAGGUUGAGAGCAGCUACCCUUAUUGUGAAGGAUGCUGAAAGGGUUGAUUUGUUCUUUAGCUUGCCUGAAGAAGAAAAAAUGGAAUGGGUAUGUUUGUUGUUGGCUGGGUGUGUUUAAGUGUGUUUGCUGUAGGCUAAUGACAUAUAUCUAUCUAUAUAUUAUAAUAUUAGUAUUGCUAUUCCUCCUCAGGCACAUGUGUAGUGCCUAUUUUGCAUAGUUAUUAGGAGGAUUAGAAAUAUUUUGACAGACUAACUGGUUUACAUCCCCUAGAAAUGGCUUUUGUACCUAGUUUCAAUCUAAUUGUUGGGGUUGUAAGUAAGCUGAA